UAUCUAUACUCUCGCUGCGUAGCUCUAAGAGCAGAGCGGAAGUAUAAGUAAGUAGAGAUGGAACGACCAGGGUGGAAGACAGAGAUCGUCCAAGAAGCACAAGCUCAGUCAGAAAAUACUCUCGUCACUUACUUAAGUAUACCUCGCCAUGAAGCUCUCUUCCAUCUAUACUGGCCCUCUUUUGGCGGCACUGCUGCAAUGGAGCCCAGCAGCCGGGGCCAACACCACCAGCAAUGCCCCUAUACUCCUGCUGAGCUCGGAUCAGACCUUCCACUUUAAUCUGCUGAUUGCUCUCGGCGACGCUAUCGCUGGAGGAUCGGAUAUUGCCCCUGUGCUGGGCGCUGCCAAAAACAUCCAAGCAGGAAACAUGACCUCUUAUAGCGAAGUGUUCUACAAGCUCGCCAACCAGACCAAAGCUCAGGCUGAAAAUCCGGACAACGCCUAUGACCCUGUCAACGUGAAGGACACUUGGUUCUCUACGGCCAAUUACUUCCGUCGCGCCGACUUCUUCAUCCACGAAAACUGGAGCAACCCGCUCAUAAACAGCCUCUGGGCAGAGCAGACCGCAGCGUUCAACAAGGGGCUGGCCGCGUUGCCCAUCCCUGGCAAGCGUGUAAGGAUCCCGGCUACCAAGGGUAACUUCACCAUCGAAGCGAUUUGGUACUCCGCUUCCAAGAACAAAAACGCCAAGUUGCCUACCUUGAUCAUUGGGAAUGGCUUGGAUGCCGCGCAGGAGGACUCUUACCACAACUAUGUCGUGCCUGCCCUGGCUCGAGGAUGGAAUUGCAUCACGUACGAAGGCCCGGGACAACCUACUGUGCGCCGAGAGCAGAAUAUCGGCUUCAUCCCGGAUUGGGAGCGUGUCGUUACCCCUGUUGUGGACUAUGUUCUCUCGCAAAAGUCUGAGGUCGUGGACAAGGACAGACUCGCAAUUGUCGGCAACUCCAUGGGCAGCUAUUUGGCUGCCCGUGCCGCAGCAUUCGAGCCCCGAUUGUCCGCGGUCGUCCUCAUUGACGGCGCCUGGGACAUCUAUACGUCCUUCGCGGGAGCACUGCCCUCCGAGAUGGUAGCCAUCUUCGAGGCGGGCAACUACACACAAUUCGACCACGAGGUCCUCUCGCUGCGUGCCUCUGGAAAGCUCUCCACUGGCGCCGCCUGGGGCUUGGACGAGGCCUUGUGGACGUUCAACACGCAUUCACCGUCCGACCUGCUCCUCCGGAGUCAGAAGUUUCAACUGAAGGAUGUCGUCGACCAGAUCAAGAUGCCCGUGUUUAUCGGCAACGGCGAGUAUGACACCCUUAUGCCCGGGCAGGCGGAGUCUUUGGCAAAGGCCCUGGGCGAUAGGGGUACCCUGCAUAAUUUCACUGGAGUUGCUGGUUAUCACUGUCAGACUGGCGCUGGGCAGGAGAUGUCGAGGGCCAUUUUUGCGUGGCUGAACAAGACUUUGGGCUAGGUUGAACGUGGUAAUAGCAAGGCAACCGAGCAUGCAAGAGUUGAGUAGGACUCGGUGGUGAGGAUUGUUAUUCAAUAUUAAUAUUCAAUUCAUUGUAAAACCACUCGAUCACCUGACCCACAAACAAAGGUUCUUGCAGCGUUAGUUAAGUUACGAGCCGUCUAAAUCUAGUCACCUAAUGAACCAUCUUAUUCG